AUGCGUCCUGCCUCAGUUACUAGUGCCUUGGUGUUUGCCAUGUUCAGCUUGGCCCCUAUGGCUUCCGGCCACUUGGCGCCCGGCUCUACUGAUAUGGAGCGCCGCUACGUCGGUUCUGGUGCAGCUCUGGCUACCAAGUUCGUGCGCUCUAUGAUCGAAGGACUUGAAACUCGCCAUCACACUGAGGCACAAAUCGCUGCCAAGGAGGCCGCCGCCAAGAAGAAGGGCGGAAAGAAGAACAAUGCUCGCGAUGUUCCUCCGGAUGACGAAUUCGGCUCCUGGGCUGAUAAGCGAGAUCCUCAUCACACCGAGGCACAGAUCGCUGCUAAGGAAGCUGCCGCUAAGAAGAAGGGUGGAAAGAAGAACAAUGCUCGCGAUGUCCCUCCUGAUGAUGAGUUCGGUUCUUGGGCUGACAAGCGCGACCCCCAUCAUACUGAGGCACAAAUCGCUGCCAAGGAGGCCGCCGCCAAGAAGAAGGGCGGAAAGAAGAACAAUGCUCGCGAUGUUCCUCCGGAUGAUGAGUUCGGCUCCUGGGCUGAUAAGCGUGAGCCUCAUCACACUGAAGCUCAAAUUGCUGCUAAGGAGGCUGCUGCCAAGAAGAAGGGUGGAAAGAAGAAUCAGGCACGCGAAGCAAGCGAGGUUCCUCCUGAUGAUGAGUUCGGCUCUUGGGCUGAUAAGCGUGAGCCUCAUCACACCGAGGCACAGAUCGCUGCCAAGGAAGCCGCUGCCAAGAAGAAGACCGGAAACAAGCACCAAGCUCGUGACGAGGUUCCUGCAGAUGACGAGUUCGGUUCUUGGGCUGACAAGCGUGAACCCCAUCAUACUGAAGCUCAAAUUGCUGCCAAAGAGAAGGCUGCAAAGUCGAAGGCUUCGAAGAACAAGUCUAACUAG